AUGGGUGGGCACUACAUCACAUUGGAGCAUCGGCAUCGGCUCAGCGAUACCACGCUCUAUCCGGGUAGUGCCGGCGGCGGCGUAGUGGGAGGAUCGCGAGUCGGUCACCGCCGUCUGUCAUCCUGCCAGGUGCUGUUGCUGGUCCUGGUGGCCGGCAGCUCUGUGAUCGCACUCUAUGCCUACUGGGACGUGAUGAUGCUGACGGCUGGAGCCCGCGAUCCCGAUGGGCAUAGUCCGCGGCAGCUCAGCAACGAGACACUGGCCGAGCAGCUGCGGCGCGAGGUGCGAGUCCUUUGCUGGGUGCUGACCACGCCCAAGUACCACAAAUCGAGGGCGGUGCACGUGAUGCGGACCUGGGGCAAACGGUGCAACAAGAUCUACUUCAUGACCUCGGAGCCGGACGACGAGCUGCCCACCAUUGUGCUGAACAAGUCCGACAAGUACGAUGUGCUCUGGGGCAAGACGAAGGAGGCCUUCACCCACAUCUACGAUCACAUGCGGGACGAGGCAGACUGGUUCAUGAAGGCGGACGAUGACACCUACGUGUUCCUGGAGAAUCUCCGCUAUAUGCUCUAUCCGUACUCCCCCGACCAGGCCAUAUAUUUUGGCUACAACUUCAAGAUGAUCGGAGCGCACAAGAAGAACGAGUCUUACAUGUCUGGUGGCAGUGGCUAUGUUCUGAGCCGGGAGGCACUGCGUAUUUUCGCUGAGGGAUUGAACGACAGCACAAAGUGCCGGCAGGAGGACAAUCAUGCCGAGGACGUGGAGAUGGGCCGCUGUCUGCUCAACUUGGAUGUGAAAGCUGGCGACUCGCGGGACUCGAAGUUGCGCAACCGAUUUUACCCCCUAUUGCCCUUCGACAUGCUCCUUUCGGGCUACUCGGGAUUGGACUUCUGGCUGUACAAGUACGCCUACUACUCGGUUCGAUCGUGCAUGGACUGCCUCUCCGAAUAUCCAGUGGCCUUUCACUAUGUGAACCCCGAACAGCUCUAUGUCUUUGACUUCUUCAACUACGAUUUCCAGCUGGUGGGCAAGCAGAAGCCCGAAGAAAGACUGCCAGAGAAAAUCAGGCCCGAAGACCUUAUCAUACCCGACUACGACAAUAUGUUUACCUAAUUCCGAUUCCAACACAAACCAAUCUCCUAUGAAUACCCCAUACUCGCAGAUUACGGUGAAAACUCCUACCACAGUGGUGCUCAUACACUCAUACACUCACAGCCACAAGAACUACACCAAGAAUUUAAACGAAAAUCAAGAAAAGUUUUUAUUGUACAGCUCCAAUUUUUGUUCUCAAAUUAGUUCUAUAUGUCAGUGUUCUAAUACAGCAAUAACCAGGUUAUUAAAAUUUAUAUUCAGCGAAAUAAUUAAAAAAUCUGCAACCAUCUCCAAAAUGUCCUGCUCAUAUACUUAAGCCACCCGGAAAAAAAUGGUUACAAAAUUUAAAAUUU